AUUUUCUAUAUGUAUUCUCGAUGAUCGUUUGAAAAGAAUAAGAAAUGAAAUCCAAGUGAAUUUCACUUUGAGACAUAAAUAUUGCCUUGCAUUAUACAGUCAUCGUUUGGGAUAUCUACUGAAAGAUUUGAUUUCAGUUGAUUUGGGAUUUAUUCGGUUUCAUUCUCAGGAGUUCGGUUUUAAGUUUCUGAAGACCCCCCCUCCUUAAAUUAAAGUCUUCAGAUUUCCAAGCGUUUUUUUAUCAUACGAUUUCUCUAAGGAUCCACGAGCAUACUCCAGAAUGAACAAGAUAACACAGGGAUCCCAGCUUUACCAUUAUAUAAUGGACGACCUCAGCGACCCGCGCACAGCAGAUUGGUUCAUGGUUCGAUCCCCAGUUCCUGUCUUACUGAGUAUUGGUGUAUAUCUGUAUUUGGUGAAGAUGGGGCCCGUCUGGAUGCAGUCAAGGAAAGCAUACAAUCUUAAGAAUAUAAUGAUCUUCUACAACUUCUGUAUGGUGGCACUUAGUGCUUACAUGUUUUACGAGACAUUGGUGACUACUUGGUUUAAUCCAAAUUUUAGCAAAGUGUGUCAACCAGUUGACUAUUCCAACAAUCCGCAAGCUUUAAGACUGGCAAAUGUGAUUUGGUUUUACUACAUGGCAAAACUAAUAGAAUUCCUUGACACGAUUUUCUUCAUACUGAGAAAGAAAAAUAAUCAAAUUACCUUUCUUCAUGUGUAUCAUCAUGCCAAUAUGGCGUUCUGGGCUUGGCAGGGGACAAAGUUCGUUUCCGGUGGCGAGGCGUAUCUUAUCGUCAGUUUGAACAGUUUUAUCCACGUUUUGAUGUACACGUAUUACCUUCUGGCAGCAUUCGGGCCGUCCAUGCAAAAAUAUCUCUGGUGGAAAAAGCACAUGACAAAACUUCAGUUGAUACAGUUUCUAUGGUAUGUUUCACAUGCUUUACGAGCUCUUUACAUCGGGUGUGAGUUUCCUUGGGCAUACAUGAUGUUACAGGUAUUGAUAGCCUUCUCCCAGCUUGUACUUUUUGUUAACUUCUACACAAAGACCUACACCAACAAAUCAAAUAACAUGGAAAACCAAGCCAGUUCUAAUAAGAUUUCCACGGAAAAGAAACUUGAUUGAUAGUGUGCGUAGCUAGACGUAUACCUAUGUGUUUUUCUGAACGUUAGCAGCAACGUUUGUGCUCAAACACAGAUAUCCGUGACUAGAUGGACACAGAAAAGAAUGAUCUCCAUUAAAAGAGUUGAG